AUGAUCAGCAGGAUUUUCAUCGCUUGCCUGUUUCUCGGCAUGUACAGUACGGGCUCUUUGCUAAGUUGCAAAUGGAUUGUAAAACAUCAUUUCAGUUUAUACAACACAAAAGCUUUAGGUCUACUUGAUAUGAUGACUACUAACACAGCUAAGGAUGCUGAAAUUGAGCACAACGUGACGUUCCCUAAUCAACUGUAUCACCAGAAGUUCAACGCAACAGAUGAGGAUAAACUGGCUUUCAUAGUUCAGAUUCUGAAGGAGCUGUUUGACCUUUUUGAGAAGGAUCGCAGCUCUGCACCAUGGGAGGAGAACACAGUGGAGAACUUUCUCAAUAUAGUCAACAAAAUGGCUGAAGAGCUUCAGUGCUGUCCAUCCAUCUUCUUCCGCUUAUCCGGCGCCGAGUCGCUGGGCAGCAGUCUAAGCAGAGAAGGCCAGACCUCCCUCUACCCGGCCAACUCUCCCUGA